AUUGAACUCCGAUCUGAUGGAAAUGCCAACGAUUCUUGGAUUGACGUCGACAAUGUCGAUAGCCAUGUACGUGCCACAACCAUUAAGGAUCUCGUUCCCAAUAAAAGGUACCAAUUCCGGGUUAAACUACUCAAGGAUGACAAGUCCGUGGUGGAAAGUAAUGCAACUUCCUGGAUGACAGUCGAUCCACCACCCGAUGACAUUCUUCCUUCUGCACCACUGGUAAUCUCAGCAACAUUUCCAUCGUGUGGAAUUCGUGUUCAUUGA